AUGCCCCUCUUUCACUCCUCCUCCCACUCCAGUUCCGACCGGAGCAGUAUCGACGAUCCCAACACCACAUCCUCCCACUCUCACCGUCGCUCCCGCCGCUCCUCCGGCUCCCCCUCCCACUACUCAUCGUCAUCCACUUCUCCCUCCUCCUCCCGCCACCACAACCACUCCCUUUUCGGCCAUAGCCGAAAAAACGAAGACCCAUCCAUUCUUGCCGCCAAAGAACAGGUUUCUCGCGCAGAAGCGGCUGAGCGGGAGGCUGAUAGGGCACUGAUGGCUUCGAAACGGGCAGUGCGUGAGGCCAGAGAACAUGUGAGAAGAUUGGACGAGGAAGCGAAGAUGGAAGCACGCGCUGCGAAAAUGAAGCAGGAUCAGGUGAAGUCGAUUACGAAGAGGGCGAAGCCGUUGGGAAGACAUGUGUGA